AGAAACCUUGCAUAUAUCAGCGCGAUUACUCGGCUGUAUUUCCAGAGUUUCAGAUGGGCUACGUGUGAAUGCUCUGUUGGGCCGUCAGGUUUCUGCAUGUGUCUCGCUCGCGGGCAGUCUCCCGUAAUUUGAGUUCUUAUCUCCACCACUCGAGGCAUGUCAAGAGAUAUUAAUAUAUUAAUGAAUAUUAAAGAGAUUCUGUUUGAAGAUGAGGAUAUGCCCCUUCAUGAUUCUGAUGACGAGAGUACUUUUUUUUUAUCAAUUGAAGCUACUCGUUGGAUGCACCCAGGAAUUCUUUCAAGCCUCUGAGUUUUUUUAAAACCUACCUUCACAGUUUGGAAGUGGAUGUAUCUGAAGAGAUUGAGGAAGAGGAUUUGGAUGAAGCUACAUUCAAGAAAAAUCCAGACGACUCAACAAGCGCCAUCAAUGCGAGCAAAUUGUUUUCCUGGCUGGAAUUAUCUCGGCGAGACUUUCAUCCAGUGUAAGAUGAAUGACCUUGCAGACAAUAGUGGCUACUGUCCAAAGGCUGUUUGGAAUUUUAAUAGUGAGAACUAUUGCAAAUAUGGCUCCUACUGACCUGAUGCGAUUCUGCAUAUUUUUCUCCUGGACUGGACAGGCCUAUCUCCACUUCACUGCUGCCAGUAUCGGAUUUCACCGUAGAAAAAGUUAUGGCUGCAAUAAUGAAAGUUUUGAGAUUGACAUCGUAACAGUAAGAAGACUUCUUGGUGCAGGAAGAAACCGAAAGGUUUGCAAUAUUGAAUUUGAUCGUAUCAAGAAACGAUCAAUUAUUAGUGUUCCUUAUGAUCCUUUAGGCUUGUUGUGCAAAGGCCAUAGUAUUUGCUUGGAAAAAAAUCAACAGGCCAUAAAUGCAAUGAGGAAUCAUAAACUUCACCCUCCCUUAGAAAAUAGGGCUCGAGAACUGCACAGGUCAGCAGGAGUUCCAUUAGGCACCUGUGCAUUCAAAGAAGUUGCUUUAUUCGAGAAUCAUCUAGAUGUUCAGGUGGUUGUGAUAUCCUCUAAAAACUUGAAUCAAGUCGCUUAUAAAGAACGUUAUAGAUCAACAAGAAUUAGUUUUUGGCUGCAUGAUGGACAUUAUGAUAUAAUAAAAUCGUUGAAAUGUUUUUAUGGUACUGAUCACUACUGUGAAAAGUAUGAUGGAGCUUUUCAAUCGAUAGAAAAUCAUCGAUGUCCUAAUGCAUGCCAUAUAUUUCUGAAAUGUAGCUGCAUUUUGACUGAGCCCAAAAGACGACUUGAUUGCAACAGUCUAUGCCAAUCAGAACAAUGUUUCACUGCACAUAAAGCACUGGUAGGAAAUCAGAUGCUUUCUAUAUGUGAGCGGAUGUAUCAAUGCAGACUGUGCUGUGCUAUUCGUCGACGAGACUGUUCUUUCAGCAUUUAUGUGGCACCCAAAACUGUCCCUCAUGCCAUAGAUUUGAGGUGUCAUCUGAAUAUCUCUGCUGUCUACAAAGAGAGUCUCCAAAGUCACCCUGUGAAAAGCUGAUAUUUUUUUGAUUUCGAAACAGAUCAAUUUUCGGGAGAGCACAUUGUGAACGCAGAUGGCAGAGAAACAGUAUUUAAGGGCUACUCGUCAUUACAGGAAUUUUGUGCCUGGCUUUUUGCUCCGGUUCAUAAAGGCUCUACGGCCAUAGCACAUAACAUGAAGAGAUUUCAUGGACAGUUUAUAACUGGCUGGUUACUGCAGCAAGGCAUUGCUCCGGAUGUAAUACAGAAUGGAUCAAAAUUAAUGUCCAUCAAACAUUCAUCAUUGGACAUAACAAUUAUUGAUUCAAUGAGUUUUCUCCCGAUGGCAUUAUCUAAGCUAACAAGCUGCUUUGCAUUGAACACGUUGAAGAAAGGUUACUUCCCUCAUCUCUUCAAACUGAGGGAAAACCCAAAUUAUGCUGGAUUGGACCUUUAUGGCGGAAGAGCCAAAGCUGACUAUGCUGCGCCAAAAGAAAUCAAAAUUAUGUUUGAUAUCUUCCCAGUCAGCAGUAUUACUGUCCGGAUACGAUGAUUCUUCCAGCAAGAAAAAAAUCUACAUAUUGGCACUUAGAUCAUCAAAAUGAUCAAUUCGAUUUUCAAAAAGAAAUAUUAGAAUACUGCCGCUCGAAUGUAGACCUAUUGCGUCGUUAUUGCCAAAUAUUUAGGGAAGAGUUUUUGAAAAUUGCUUAUGUAGAUCCAUUCCAGUACGUAACUAUCGCAUCAGCUUGCAUGGCUGCGUAUAGAAACGAAACACAUAACGAACGACACGAUCGCAAUGGUGCCAUCGUGUCUAUAUUAGUGGAGAGAAUUACUGCCCUGAUGCGAUUCGUUGGCUGGAUUAUAUAUCUUCUUCUGAAGGUAUAGAAAUCCAGCAUUCGCUAAAUAAGAAUGGCGAAAGAAAAAUCGGAUGUGUCUUGGUAGAUGGAUACUGUGAAGAGACAAAAACAGUGUAUCAAUACCAGUUUAAAGACAUAUCUUCCAACACCGGAAGUAGCCGCUAUUAAUUGGGAAUUCAGGAAAGAAUUUCUGUCUCAAGACGCUUCAACCAAUGUAUUCCUCGCUUCCUUCACCACAGCUUGGGCGCGCAUAUAAUUUUAUGAUGAAUAUGGAGAAGUUGGGAAGAAAUGUUCUUUAUCACGAUACAGAUUCGAUCACUUAUGCAAGCGAUGGCACGAACGAUCCUCCCCUGGGAAAUUUUCUUGCAGAGUUCAUGGGUGAACUGGAUGGUGACACUAUAACAACUUUUAUUUCUGAUGGACCAAAAAAAUAUGCCUUCAAAGCAUAAAGUGGAGAAACAUGCUGCAACAUCACUUUAAAUUCUAGAAAUGUUAAAAAAAAAUAAAUUUUGAAGGCAUGGAAGCAUUGGGACAAAAUAUGGAUCACAAAAGAACAACAAUACCUCUUGAAAGCCCAAAUAAAAUCACCAGAGAUGCCAAAAGAAGAAAAGUGAUCAUUAGAAAAGAAAUAAAAACAUACUGGAUGGUGUAUGAUAAGAGAAUAAUACAAAAAGAUUAUUCUACACUUCCAUAUGGGUAUUAAGAACAAAGUGAAAAUAAUUUUUACUUUUGUUUCAUAUCAAUACACUUGUUCAUAAUAUUACUUUUUCGUUAAAAAAAAUAUUAGAUAAAAAAAUGUUGCUCAUGAUCAUGUUGUUUUCUCAUGCUCAUGAGAAAAAAA